CUUCCUGCGGGGCCCCCGUCCCUCUCCGGCCUCCGAUGUCCGAGCUCCCAGGGCCGGCAGCCCUCAGCCCCGCCGCCUCCGCUCCCGCGUCCUGUUGCCAGCCCUUCCUACUCAGGGCUCCAGGGCUCCAGCCGCUCCUCGAGGGAGGGGCCUGGCUCAAGGUCAUGGCCGGCUGUCUGCCCACCGAUUCUUCUGUGACCAUGAGAGAGAGAAAUAAAGAAUGAUCCAUGAGUUCUAAACACCUUGUCUUGAGGAUAUAGUCAUGUUGGAAGGUCUUGUAGCCUGGGUUCUCAAUACCUAUCUGGGGAAAUAUGUCAAUAACCUGAACACUGAUCAGCUGUCCGUUGCGCUCCUGAAAGGUGCUGUUGAAUUAGAAAACUUGCCUUUAAAGAAAGAUGCCUUGAAAGAACUGGAAUUACCAUUUGCAGUCAAAGCUGGCUUAAUUGGGAAGGUAACCCUUCAGAUUCCCUUCUAUCGCCCCCAUGUGGACCCUUGGGUGAUCUCCAUCUCCAGCCUUCACUUAAUUGGAGCCCCUGAAAAAAUACAGGAUUUCAGUGAUGAAAAGGAGAAGCUGUUGGAAAGGGAACGCAAGAAAGCUCUCCUGCAAGCCCUGGAGGAAAAGUGGAAGAACGAACGCCAGCAGAAAGGGGAGUCCUACUGGUAUUCAGUUACUGCCUCGGUAGUUACGAGAAUUGUGGAGAAUAUUGAAUUAAAAAUUCAAGAUGUCCAUUUGCGCUUUGAAGAUGGUAUUACCAAUCCUUCCCAUCCUUUUGCGUUUGGCGUCUGCAUUAAGAAUGUGUCCAUGCAGAAUGCUGUGAAUGAGCCUGUACAGAAAUUAAUGCGGAAAAAGCAGUUAGAUGUGGCAGAGUUUAGCAUCUACUGGGAUGUCGAUUGCACUUUAUUGGGGGAUUUGCCUCAGGUGGAGUUACAGGAGGCCAUGGACAAGAGCAAGGAGAGUCGAAACCAUCACUACAUCUUGGAGCCUGUGUGCGCGUCUGCUCUUCUGAAGAGAAACUGCUCUAAAGAGCCUCUGAGGUCUCGGCACACUCCCCGUAUUGAAUGUGAUAUUCAUCUGGAGACCAUUCCCUUGAAACUCUCUCAGUUGCAAUACCGGCAAAUCAUGGAAUUCCUCAAGGAGCUGGAACGAAAGGAGAGGCAGUUGAAGUUCCGAAAAUGGAAACCCAAAGUGGCCGUAUCUGAGAACUGCCGAGAGUGGUGGUGUUUUGCUUUGAAUGCCAACCUGCAUGAGAUCCGGGAGCAGAGGACGCGCUGCACGUGGGGCUUCCUGUUGCGCCGGGCCCGCGAUGCCGUGUCCUACACUGACAAAUACUUCACCAAGUUGAAAGGAGGCUUGCUGUCUGCAGACGAUGAGGAGGAAGUGUGUCGGAUUGAAGAGGAACAGAGCUUUGAGGAAUUGAAGAUUUUGCGUGAACUGGUUCAUGAACGAUUUCACAAACAGGAAGAACUGGCAGAGAGCUUACGAGAGCCUCAGUUGUAUUCUCCGGGAGAGUCUCCUGGAGACCCAGAACCCAGUGGAGGCAGCGGGAUGCUGCAGUACCUGCAGUCCUGGUUUCCUGGCUGGGGCGGCUGGUAUGGGCAGCAGAGCCCUGAGGGGAAACCAGUCGAGGGCCUGACUGCGGAGCAGCACGAACACUGGACUCCUGAGGAGAUCCUGGGCUCCGAGGAGUUUUUUGACCCCACUGCAGACGCCUCUUGUAUGAACACGUACACAAAGCGAGACCAUGUCUUUGCCAAACUGAACUUACAGCUACAGCGAGGGACCGUGACUCUGCUGCACCAGGAGCAGGGAGCUGCCCAGAUGAAUCAAAGUGCUUUCAUGCAGCUUGAGUUUUCAGGUGUAAAACUUCUAGCAGAAUCUCUUCCUCGAAGAAACUCCUCCUUGCUUUCAGUCCGGUUGGGUGGAUUAUUUCUUCGAGACCUGGCCACAGAAGGGACUAUGUUUCCUCUUCUGGUCUUCCCUAAUCCACAAAAAGAAGUUGGCAAAGUCUCACAGUCUUUUGGACUCCAAACAGCAUCUGCAGACAGAAGCGAUCAUUACCCUGCUGCAGACCCAGAUGACCCAGUUUUUGAGAUGCUAUAUGAGAGAAAUCCAGUGCACAGCCAUUUUGAGAGGCGGCUAAAUGUCAGCACGAGGCCCUUGAACAUCAUAUAUAAUCCCCAGGCUAUUAAAAAAGUAGCAGACUUUUUCUACAAGGGAAAGGUUCAUACCUCAGGUUUUGGUUAUCAGUCUGAACUGGAGUUGAGAGUGGCUGAAGCUGCCCGAAGACAAUAUAACAGACUGAAGAUGCAGACCAAGGCGGAAAUCCGACAGACUCUUGAUCGUUUGCUAGUGGGUGAUUUCAUUGAGGAGAGUAAACGGUGGACUGUGCGACUAGACAUUUCUGCCCCUCAGGUGAUAUUUCCUGAUGAUUUCAAAUUCAAGAAUCCCGUGUUGGUUGUUGUGGAUCUAGGCAGAAUGCUCUUGACCAAUACCCAAGAUGACUCCAAGAGGAAGAGUGGGGACGGGUCAGCAUCUGAAGAGAAUCAGUUUAGUGAUGACGAAUAUAAGACCCCUCUUGCCACACCUCCUAACACCCCACCUCCCGAGACAAGCAGCAGUAAUAGGGAGAAAACACCUCCAUUUUCUGGAGUUGAAUUCAGUGAAGAGCAGCUUCAAGCACAUUUAAUGAGCACGAAGAUGUAUGAGAGGUACUCGCUGUCCUUCCUGGACCUCCAGAUCAUGGUUGGACGAGUGAAGGACAACUGGAAGCAUGUCCAGGAUAUUGAUGUGGGACCGACCCACGUGGUCGAGAAAUUCAAUGUUCACCUACAGUUAGAACGCCGAUUGAUUUAUACUUCAGAUCCCAAGUACCCUGGAGCCGUGCUCUCAGGCAACCUACCAGACCUAAAGAUCCACAUCAAUGAAGAUAAAAUAUCUGCUCUAAAGAAUUGCUUUGCUCUCCUGACCACCCCAGAAAUGAAGACUUUUGACACUCAGAUUAAAGAGAAGAUUUUUCCCCAAGGGGAACAGCGGGGAAGUUUGCAAGACUCGGUGAUGAAUUUAACCCAGAGCAUCGUGAUGUUGGAGCAGCAUACCCGGGAGGUUCUGGUGGAGUCACAGCUCCUCCUGGCUGAGUUUAAAGUGAACUGUAUGCAGCUUGGUGUUGAGAGCAACGGCCGGUACAUUUCUGUGCUCAAGGUAUUUGGUACCAACGCUCACUUUGUGAAGAGGCCUUAUGAUGCUGAAGUCUCCCUCACUGUUCAUGGUUUGCUCCUGGUGGACACCAUGCAGACAUAUGGUGCUGAUUUUGACCUUUUGAUGGCCUCUCAUAAGAACUUGAGCUUUGAUAUCCCAACAGGAAGCCUCCGGGAUAGCAGAGCCCAGUCUCCUGUCUCUGGAUCCAACACGGCCCACCUCAUUAAUGCUGCCACACUGAACGACCGAUCAGCCACUAGUGUUUCUCUUGACAGAAUUCUCACCAAAGAACAGGAGUCCCUCAUAAAACUGGAGUAUCAGUUUGUGAGUUCAGAGUGCCCGUCGAUGAAUUUGGACAGCACUCUUCAGGUGAUUUCAUUACAGGUGAAUAAUUUGGAUAUCAUCCUAAAUCCAGAGACAAUUGUGGAGCUGAUUGGUUUUCUUCAAAAAUCCUUUCCCAAGGAAAAAGAUGAUUUGAGUCCUCAACCUUUAAGGACUGAUUUUGAGAGAAGCUUUAGGGAACAAGGAGCUUACCGAUCUACAUGUGAACAAAACACCGAGGUUGCAGUGGAAAUCCACAGACUUAACCUACUGCUCCUUCGGACAGUGGGGAUGGCAAAUGGAGAGAAAUACGGCAGAAAAAUUGCAACAGCAAGUAUAGGUGGCACCAAGGUUAACGUCUCCAUGGGCAGCGCAUUUGACAUGAACGGUUCUCUUGGCUGUUUGCAGCUUAUGGAUUUGACACAGGAGAAUGUUAAGAACCAGUAUGUUGUCAGCAUUGGGAAUUCCAUAGGCUAUGAAAAUAUCAUCAGUGAUAUUGGCUACUUUGAAUCUGUAUUUGUCAGAAUGGAAGAUGCAGCCCUCACUGAAGCUCUGAGUUUCACCUUUGUUGAGAAAUUUAAACAGGAAUGUUUUCUCAACCUCAAGAUGGCUUCCUUGCAUUACAACCACUCUGCUAAAUUUUUGAAGGAGUUGACAUUGUCCAUGGAUGAGCUGGAAGAAAAUUUUCGAAAUAUGCUGAAAAGCGCAGCCACCAAAGUCACCACAGUCCUAGCCACCAAGACGGCCGAGUACAGUGAGAUGGUAUCACUCUUUGAAACUCCAAGGAAGGCCCGGGAAUCCUUUAUCUUAGAAGAAAAUGAAACAUAUGGUUUUGACCUAGGUGCAUCUCAUUCCGACACUGUAAAGCUAAUCUUGAACAUAAACAUUGAAUCACCAGUUGUUUCUAUCCCUCGGAAGCCUGGGAGUCCUGAGUUGUUGGUAGGACACUUGGGACAGAUUUUCAUCCAGAAUUUUGUGGCAGGAGAUGAUGAAUCCAGAAGUGACCGUCUGCAAGUAGAAAUCAAAGACAUUAAAUUAUAUUCUUUGAAUUGCACCCAGUUGGCAGGCAGAGAGGGCCCUGGGCCUGAGGUGAGCCGGGCGUUUUGCCCUCCUUCUGGGCCCACCAGUGCCAACAGUCAGGAGGAAGCUCAUUUCACCCGACAUGAUUUCUUUGAAUCUUUGCAUAGAGGUCAAGCUUUUCACAUCCUGAACAACACGACCAUUCAGUUUAAACUGGAGAAGAUCCCUAUAGAGAGAGAAUCUGAAUUGACUUUCUCCCUUAGUCCAGAUGACCUGGGAACUUCUAGCAUCAUGAAGAUCGAAGGAAAAUUUGUCAAUCCGGUGCAGGUGGUGUUAGCAAAGCAUGUAUAUGAGCAGGUUUUACAAACUCUGGACAAUCUCGUGUACAGUGAAGAUCUGAAUAAGCUUCCAGUCAGUGCCACCUCCUCACCUUGCCCUAACUCUCCUCUGCCUUCCCUCAGUACCUGUGGAGAACCUUCCAUUGAAAGGAAGGAGAACGGAUUGUUCAGCCACUGCAGCCUUUCUAACUCUUCUCAAAAGUCCUUGUCUUUUAAGGAAGUCAGAUCUUUUACCCAGAUUCAAGCCAACUUCUGUAUAUCAGAGCUUCAAGUUCAGCUAAGUGGAGAUCUGACUUUGGGGGCGCAAGGUCUUGUGAGCUUAAAAUUUCAGGAUUUUGAGGUGGAAUUCAGUAAAGACCAUCCUCAGACUUUAUCCAUUCAGAUUGCCCUGCGCUCUCUGCUGAUGGAAGACUUAUUGGAGAAAAAUCCAGAUUCCAAAUAUAAGAACCUGAUGGUGUCUCGGGGAGCCCCUAAGCCAUCUAGUUUAGCACAAAAAGAGUAUCUCUCUCAGUCUUGCCCUUCUGUGUCCAACGUGGAGUAUCCGGAUAUGCCUCGGUCUCUCCCUUCCCACAUGGAGGAAGCUCCUAAUGUCUUUCAGCUGUAUCAGAGACCCAUUUCAGCCUCCCGGAAGAAGCAAAAGGAAGUCCAAGACAAGGACUGUCCCUUGACCCCACCUCCUUCUCCAACAGUAGAGGAGCCCAAGAUACUUGCUGGAAGGAGUAACUUUGAUGAUUCCUUGGUCCAUAUCAAUGUAUUCUUGGUGGAUAAGAAGCAUCCAGAAUUCUCUUCCAGUUAUAAUCGAGUUAACCGGAGCAUUGAUGUUGAUUUUAACUGCUUGGAUGUGCUGAUCACACUGCAGACCUGGGUCAUGAUACUAGAUUUUUUUGGAAUUGGCUCCACUGCAGACAACCAUGCAAUGAAGGUGCCGCCUGAGGACAUUCUACAAAACGUGAAGUCGGAGUCAAGCGCUUUAAUAGAGUCUGAACUUCAGGAUCCAGUUAACACCAAACUGGAUCUCAAGGUUCAUUCGCUCUCUCUCGUGCUGAAUAAGACCACCAGUGAGCUUGCUAAAGCAAAUGUGUCCAAAUUAGUGGCACACCUGGAAAUGAUUGAAGGAGACCUGGCCUUACAGGGAAGCAUUGGGAGCCUGUCUCUGAGUGACCUUACAUCCCAUGGAGAGUUCUAUAGAGAACGGUUCACUACAAGUGGGGAAGAAGCAGUCAUCUUCCAGACUUUCAAAUACGGCCGGCCCGACCCGCUGCUCCGGAGGGAGCACGACAUUCGAGUGAGCCUCCAGAUGGCCUCCGUGCAGUAUGUGCACACCCAGCGCUUCCAGGCGGAGGUGGUGGCCUUCAUCCAGCACUUCACUCAGCUGCAGGACGUGUUAGGGCGCCAGCGAGCUGCUAUUGAGGGGCAGACGGUGAGAGAUCAAGCCCAGCGCUGUUCACGGGUUCUCCUGGAUAUUGAGGCUGGUGCUCCUGUUCUUCUUAUCCCAGAAAGUUCCAGAUCAAAUAAUCUGAUUGUAGCGAAUUUGGGGAAGUUGAAAGUCAAGAACAAGUUUCUCUUUGCUGGUAUUCCUGGGACCUUUACCUUACAAGAUAAGGAGUCUGUGCCUUCAGCUUCUCCAACUGGUACUCCCAAACACAGUGUGAGGAAAGUGACAAGCAUGGAGGACCUGAAAGGGACCCAUUCCGAGGGGCUGUUCAUGAUGCCUCCUGUUGGAAUGAGUCUAGGCAGCCUGAAGAGCGAGUUUGUGCCAAGUACUUCGACCAAGCAGCAAGGGCAGCAAGCCACACCCGCUGUUGGUCAGGUUUCCAGGAGUCCAGAAGACCACGUCUGCCUGCUGGAUUGCAUUGUCGUCGAUCUACAAGACAUGGACAUCUUUGCUGCAGAGAGACACCCACGAGAGUAUACUAAGGCCUCGGAAGACAGUAGUGGAGACCUGAUCUUCCCCUCCUAUUUUGUGCGACAGACAGGGGGAAGCCUCUUGACUGAGCCUUGUAGACUGAAAUUGCAGGUGGAAAGGAACUUGGACAAAGAAAUAAGUCAUACUGUGCCAGAUAUAUCUAUCCAUGGCAAUCUCUCCUCAGUCCACUGCUCUCUGGAUUUGUACAAAUACAAGCUGAUCCGGGGUUUAUUGGAGAACAACCUUGGAGAGCCCAUCGAGGAAUUCAUGCGGCCUUAUGAUUUACAAGACCCAAGGAUUCAUACUGUUCUGAGCGGAGAAGUGUACACGUGCAUGUGUUUCCUCAUUGAUAUGGUAAAUGUAAGUCUGGAGCUGAAAGAUCCAAAAGGAAAAGAAGGUGCUGGGUCCUUAGCCAGAUUUGACUUCAAGAAAUGUAAACUGCUCUAUGAGAGCUUUUCCAACCAAACGAAGUCCGUUAACUUGGUUUCGCAUUCCAUGAUGGCUUUUGACACCCGCUAUGCUGGGCAGAAGACCAGUCCUGGCAUGACAAACGUAUUCACCUGUAUCUUUCAGCCCUCUAAGAACAGCAGCACUACCCAAGGAUCCAUUCAGAUCGAACUGCAUUUCAGGUCUACAAAGGAUUCCUCCUGUUUCACAGUAGUUCUCAACAAUCUCCGUGUGUUUCUCAUAUUUGACUGGCUGCUGUUAGUGCAUGAUUUUCUCCACACCCCCAGUGAUAUUAAGAAGCAAACUAAAGUUACUCCUUCGCGUCACCGUAACUCUAGCAGCGAAUCUGCUGUAAUUCCCAAAACCGUGAAAAGUGGAGUAGUUACCAAGCGGUCUUCCCUUCCUCUGUCUACUGAAAGGCACCUGGAGGUCAAGGUCAAUGUAACAGGCACAGAGUUUGUGGUCGUUGAAGAUGUGUCCUGCUUCGAUACCAACGCCAUUAUUCUCAAAGGCACCACAGUGCUCACCUAUAAGCCCCGGUUUGUCGAUCGGCCCUUUUCAGGAAGUUUGUUUGGCAUUGAGGUGUUUUCAUGCCGACUAGGAAAUGAGCAAGACACAGCUCUUUCAAUUGUUGAUCCAGUACAAAUUCAAGUGGAGCUGGUGGGGAAUUCUUCUUAUCAGAAUAGUUCAGGAUUGAUGGAUGCAUUCAAUAGUGAAGACUUCCCACCUGUCUUAGAGAUUCAGUUACAGGCCCUGGAUAUCAGACUCUCCUAUAAUGAUGUUCAGCUGUUUCUUGCCAUUGCAAAAUCCAUCCCAGAGCAAGCUAAUGCUGCAGUACCAGACACAGUGGCCUCGGACGCUAACUCCUUCAGCAGUUACCUUCCUGGUGCAUCUCGAAGGGGAGAGGAAAUCAGAGAAGGGACAAGACACACCUUAGACCCUGUCCUGGAGUUACAACUGGCUAGACUGCAGGAGCUGGGGUUUGGCAUGGAUGACUGCCGCAAAGCUCUCUUGGUGUGUCAAGAUGUCACAGUAGAGGAAGGAUGGCUUCCUGGAGACAUUUUGAGCCAGGUCAUGAAAGGUCAACUGAAAAAGGCAGCAAGUUGGUUGUUCAAGAAUGCUGAGCCCCUGACGUCUCUUUCCCUGGCCUCUAACAGCCGAGAGAGCCAGGUGGCUGUGCCGGCACGGUUGAUCUCGGGCGUGGAGAUGAAAGCUGAGAGCGUGUGCAUCUGCUUCAUCGACGACUGCAUGGACCGCGACGUCCCUCUCGCUGAGCUCACCUUCUCCCGUCUGAAUUUUCUGCAGCAUGUAAGAACUAGCCCUGAAGGCUAUGCCCACUUCACCCUUUCUGGAGAUUAUUAUAACCGUGCUCUUUCAGGCUGGGAGCCAUUUAUUGAGCCCUGGCCGUGCUCUGUAUCCUGGCAACAACAGGCAGCUAGUCGUCUCCAUCCUCCUCGGCUGAAGCUGGAAGCCAAGGCCAAACACCGUUUGGAUAUCAAUAUCACCUCUGUACUAAUUGACCAAUAUGUAAGUACCAAGGAAUCGUGGAUGGCAGAUUACUGUAAACAGGACAAGGAAAUAGAUUCAACCACGUCGGAAGACUGGAUGGGCUCUUCAGUGGAUCCUCCAUGCUUUGGACAAAGCCUCCCCCUUGUCUACCUUAGAACUAGGAGUACAGCCAGUCUGACUAACCUAGAGCACCAGAUCUAUGCUAGAGAGAUGAAGGCCCCAAAACGCCGGCAGCCGUUCGUCCCUUUUGCUCUGAGGAAUCACACGGGCUGCACUUUGUGGUUUGCCACCCUGACGACCACGCCCACCAGGGCUGCACUGUCUCACAGCGGGAGUCCAGGGGUGGUUCCAGAAGGGAAUGGAACAUUUCUUGACGAUGCUCACAAUGUUAGCGAGUGGCGGGAAGUCCUCACGGGUGAAGAGAUUCCCUUUGAAUUUGAAGCAAGAGGAAAGCUAAGGCACAGACACACCCAUGACCUCCGGAUCCAUCAACUGCAAGUGAGAGUGAAUGGCUGGGAGCAAGUGAGCCCAGUGUCAGUGGACAAAGUCGGGACCUUUUUCCGAUACGCUGCGCCAGAUAAGAAUUCCUCUUCCUCUACGAUUGGCAGCCCAAGCAGUAGGACAAAUAUUAUCCAUCCCCAGGUUUAUUUCUCUUCACUCCCGCCUGUCCGGGUCGUCUUUGCAGUGACCAUGGAAGGCAGUGCUCGGAAAGUGGUCACUGUCCGAUCGGCCCUCAUUGUGAAGAACAGACUUGAGACGCCAAUGGAACUAAGACUGGACAGCCCAUCCGCUCCAGACAAGCCCGUGGUCCUUCCCGCUAUCAUGCCAGGUGAUUCAUUUGCCGUGCCUUUACACCUCACUUCUUGGCGGCUACAGGCCCGGCCCAAAGGACUGGGUGUGUUUUUCUGUAAGGCUCCUAUUCACUGGACCAAUGUAGUGAAGACUACAGAGGUUAGUAGCAGCAAACGAGAGUGCCACUCUAUGGAUGCGGAAAAAAGCCGAUUCUUCAGGUUUUGUGUGGCCAUAAAGAAAGAGAAUUAUCCAGAUUACAUGCCCUCCAACAUAUUUUCUGAUAGUGCAAAACAGAUUUUCAGACAGCCUGGGCAUACCAUAUAUCUCCUGCCGACAGUGGUAAUCUGCAACUUGCUACCUUGUGAACUUGAUUUUUACGUUAAAGGAAUGCCCAUUAAUGGGACACUGAAACCUGGCAAGGAGGUGGCUCUCCACACAGCUGAUACCUCCCAGAACAUUGAACUGGGGGUGUCAUUGGAAAAUUUUCCACUCUGUAAAGAAUUGCUUAUUCCACCUGGAACCCAAAACUAUAUGGUAAGAAUGAGGCUCUAUGACGUCAACCGGCGGCAGCUGAACCUCACCAUCCGGAUCGUGUGUCGAGCAGAAGGAUCUUUAAAGAUCUUCAUUUCGGCUCCGUAUUGGUUGAUUAACAAAACAGGGCUUCCACUGAUCUUCAGACAGGACAAUGCAAGAAUGGACGCUGCAGGCCAGUUUGAGGAGCAUGAGCUGGCCCGGAGCCUGAGCCCUCUCUUAUUCUGCUACGCGGACAAAGAGCAGCCAAGCCUCUGCACGAUGAGAAUCGGAAGGGGGAUUCAUCCUGAAGGCAUGCCGGGCUGGUGUCAGGGCUUCUCACUGGAUGGUGGUAGUGGUGUCCGAGCUUUGAGAGUCAUCCAGCAAGGAAACCGCCCAGGGCUGAUCUAUAACAUUGGUAUUGAUGUCAAGAAAGGCCGAGGCCGAUAUAUUGACACCUGUAUGGUAAUCUUCGCUCCCCGUUACCUGUUAGAUAAUAAAUCAUCUCACAAGCUUGCAUUUGCACAGAGGGAAUUUGCCAGGGGACAGGGAACAGCCAAUCCUGAAGGUUACAUUUCCACCCUUCCUGGUUCCAGUGUGGUGUUCCAUUGGCCUCGGAAUGACUACGAUCAGCUGUUAUGUGUCCGAUUGAUGGAUGUUCCCAGUUGUAUUUGGUCUGGAGGCUUUGAAGUCAACAAGAAUAAUUCCUUCCAUAUCAACAUGAGAGACACUCUGGGAAAAUGCUUCUUCCUGCGUGUGGAAAUUACUCUUCGAGGAGCUACCUAUAGGAUCUCCUUUAGUGAUACAGAUCAGUUACCCCCUCCUUUCCGAAUUGACAACUUUUCUAAGGUCCCGGUUGUCUUCACUCAGCAUGGCGUUGCUGAACCCAGGCUCCGAACUGAAGUGAAGCCCAUGACUUCCUUGGAUUAUGCCUGGGACGAACCCACCCUGCCACCUUUUAUCACUCUGACUGUUAAAGGGGCAGGUUCCUCUGAGAUCAACUGCAACAUGAAUGAUUUCCAGGAUAACCGACAGCUUUAUUAUGAAAAUUUCAUUUACAUUGCUGCUACAUAUACGUUCUCUGGUUUACAGGAGGGGACAGGACGGCCUGUGGCUUCCAACAGAGCCAUUACCUGUGCAGAGCUCGUGUUGGAUGUCUCACCAAAGACACAGAGAGUCAUUUUAAAGAAGAAGGAGCCAGGGAAGCGUUCUCAGCUGUGGAGGAUGACUGAAACAGGCAUGCUGGCCCACGAGGGCUCUUCGGCGCCUCACAACCCCAGCAAGCCCUUGGCCGCCCGCUCCACUGAGGGCUCUGCCAUCUUAGAUAUUGCUGGUCUCGCUGCAGUCACUGACAACAGAUACGAGCCGCUGAUGCUAAGAAAGCCUGAUCGUAGGCGAAGCACAACCCAGACGUGGAGUUUCCGAGAAGGGAAACUGACCUGUGGGUUACAUGGGUUGGUUGUCCAGGCCAAAGGAGGGCUUUCUGGUUUGUUUGACGGAGCUGAAGUUGUUCUUGGUCCGGACACAUCCAUGGAGCUUUUGGGGCCAGUUCCACCUGAACAACAAUUUAUUAACCAAAAAAUGAGGCCUGGUUCUGGAAUGUUGUCCAUCAGGGUCAUCCCAGAUGGACCAACUAGAGCGCUCCAGAUAACAGAUUUCUCCCAACGGAAAAGUGACCGUUCAUCGUACGAAGUGGAUGAACUCCCUGUUACGGAUCAAGAGCUGCAGAAAUUAAAGAAUCCAGACACAGAGCAGGAAUUGGAAGUGCUUGUGAAGUUAGAAGGUGGAAUUGGGUUGUCUUUAAUUAAUAAAGUCCCAGAAGAACUGGUCUUUGCAAGUCUUACGGGAAUCAAUGUGCACUACACACAGCUGGCCACCAGUCAUAUGCUAGAACUCAGCAUACAGGAUGUACAGGUGGACAAUCAGCUCAUUGGCACCACGCAGCCCUUCAUGCUCUUUGUGACUCCACUGAGCAAUGAGAAUGAGGUCAUUGAGACAGGCCCUGCUGUGCAAGUGAACACGGUGAAGUUCCCCAGUAAGAGCGCGCUGACCAACAUCUACAAGCAUCUGAUGGUCACGGCUCAGAGAUUCACGGUACAAAUUGAGGAGAAACUGCUCCUCAAGCUGCUGAGUUUCUUUGGCUACGAUCAGGCAGAAUCAGAGGUGGAAAAAUACGACGAAAACCUCCACGAAAAGACAGCUGAGCAAGGUGGGACGCCGGUUCGAUACUACUUUGAAAACCUCAAAAUCAGCAUCCCCCAGAUCAAGCUGAGCGUGUUCACCUCCAGCAAGCUACCACUGGAUCUCAAGGCCCUAAAAAGCACCUUGGGAUUUCCAUUGAUUCGGUUUGAAGAUGCCGUGAUUAAUCUGGAUCCAUUCACUCGGGUACAUCCCUAUGAGACCAAGGAAUUCAUCAUCAAUGAUAUCCUGAAACAUUUCCAGGAGGAACUCCUCAGCCAGGCAGCUCGAAUCCUGGGAUCGGUGGACUUCCUUGGCAAUCCCAUGGGGCUUUUGAAUGAUGUUUCUGAAGGGGUGACUGGACUGAUAAAGUAUGGAAAUGUUGGGGGCCUUAUCAGAAAUGUUACACACGGAGUAUCAAACUCUGCUGCCAAGUUUGCGGGGACGUUGUCAGAUGGCUUAGGGAAGACGAUGGACAAUCGCCAUCAGUCGGAGCGGGAGUACAUCAGAUACCACGCGGCCACGAGUGGCGAACACCUUGUAGCUGGCAUCCACGGCCUGGCUCACGGUAUCAUCGGUGGACUGACCAGUGUUAUAACCUCAACGGUGGAAGGUGUGAAAACAGAAGGGGGUGUCAGCGGUUUCAUAUCUGGCCUUGGGAAGGGGCUUGUUGGCACUGUAACCAAGCCAGUGGCAGGCGCCCUGGACUUUGCAUCAGAAACAGCCCAGGCGGUGAGAGACACAGCCACACUUAGUGGCCCCAGGACCCGAGCCCAGAGGGUACGGAAACCACGGUGCUGCGCAGGGCCCCAGGGCCUGCUUCCCCGCUAUUCUGAGAGCCAGGCCGAAGGGCAGGAGCGGCUCUUCAAACUCACAGACAACAUACAAGACGAAUUCUUCAUAGCCGUGGAGAACAUCGACAGCUACUGUGUGCUCAUCUCCUCCAAGGCUGUCUACUUCCUGAAAAGCGGAGACUACCUAGACCGGGAGGCCAUUUUCCUGGAAGUCAAGUACGACGAUCUCUACCACUGCCUCGUCUCCAAAGACCACGGGAAGGUGUAUGUGCAGGUGACCAAGAAGGCCGUGAACACGAGCAGUGGGGUGUCCAUCCCAGGCCCUUCCCACCAGAAGCCGAUGGUCCACGUGAAAUCAGAGGUCCUUGCUAUCAAGUUAUCACAAGAAAUAAACUAUGCAAAGAGCCUUUACUAUGAACAGCAACUUAUGUUAAGGCUCAAUGAAAACCAAGAGCAGUUGGAGCUGGACUCCUGAGAAGCCCCAGCUGCGGAGGGACACUCCCAGGCGUAGACCCCAAACCAGUCAGGAGCGGAGAGGCCCGUGGGCUUGGCUUAGGUUAGAGGAAACCAGAAUAAGGUUUGGGGGAUGCUGUCAAGAGGGAAAGUAAAUACUGAUGAGGGGGGCACAAAUGGAACCAUAUUAAUUUGUGGGGCAGAGGGUUACUUUAGAUUAUGGGGAGGUAAUUUUUAAGAGGCAUUGGUUGAAUAAUGUUUAAAACAAAGAAAGUGUAACUGAGAUCAAUCUAAUUUUUAGAUUGCCCUGUAUUUUGUUAACAUGUAUAUAUGUACAACUGUGUGUUUGUAAAUACGUAGGAGCAUUUCUGAACAGGGCCUGUGAUGUGUGUUAAGGUUUGUUAACUGUAAAGUAAUAUAAAAUUAUAUUGGAUCUUCUAUUGCACUAAUUCUACACGUCUCAUUCAGGGUACUGUCCGUGAAGAGGGAUUCUUGGAAGCUGCAGAAUGUUAUGCCUUAGUUCGGGAAACUAGAGUAUUCACGGUCAGGUGGGCUGAGGUGAGGGAGCAGGUGCGUCAAGAGCGACGCCUUUGAAACCUGUGCUCGUCCCGCUGGAGCCGCGAACUGAAGUGUCUAGACCCAGAGCCAGCCCUUGAUGAGGCCUAGGGGAGUGACUCGGACACAUCUUUUAUUUAUUUCCCCCCCAGUUAAAAGACAGUUCUUAGAGUGUCACAAGUUAUUUUUUAUCUGCCUGUCUCGCUGGCUCUCUCCUGACUAGUCUUGCCAGACUUUGAGGUAAAACUGUGAGGUGUGUUCUGUUACCACGCACACACACACACACACACACGCCAGCAUUAUAAGGUUUCCUUGGGUUAUUGUCAGAGAGGCCAGUCUGAAACGUUGGUAGGCUCUGAUAACUUAGAAGGGGAAAAAAAUCCCGUAGGACUGUUUAACAGAUCAAAGAUCCACACAUUUAUCAAAAACCCACAGCGAGAGUGUUCCCUCUCCUGGGCAGCAGCAAAGGAGGUCCUGGGACUCUGUUCGCCUUAACAAAUACAGGCAGCCACCCAGCCCCGCAGCCCUGGGGACGCAGGGACAGCAGCCCUAGGAUGAGAAGGGAGAAGGAGGGAGUCUUAGAAAAGGGAAUGAAAUCUGAGUGCUAAAAAGCUGUUCUUGUAAGUUUGGGGCCAAGAUUUGGCCAAAAUAUCUCUUGCCCUUGGUUUUAAAUUCCAACCGGUGGCAAGGCCUAGACCGAGUGCCCUCUCCUUCCUGGGUCUUCUUUCUGUGGUUUCUCUUUUCUGUAAGGAAUAACCAAGGUAGUGAGAGGGGAGACCUAGAAUGAAUGACUAGCCUUGUGAUUUUUUAGUUUUUAUUUUAAUAAAUCUAGUCAGUCUCUACAACCACGUCACAUGUAGCUGAGAUCUAAAAGGACCCAUCGGAUCAGUGGAUGCGUGGAAGGUUUUGGUGUUUAUAACUCAUGACCCAGAUCCUUCCAAAACACAAAUGAAGCUAAUCUGUCUUUCUCUCCCCACUCGGAGUGUGUGUGUGUGUGUGUGUGUGUGUGUGUGUGUGUGUGUUUUCAAAGAGCUUUAACCCAAGUGCUUAGUGCUUUGGCAAAAUAGUGUUUUCAGGGCUCGUCUUGAACUCCAGGAUUGAUAUAUGGUCUUCACUGAACUCUGGGUUCAUGGACUGCAGAACUGACACCCAGUUUUUGAAGGGUCGGGGUGGGUUUUUGGUCCGUCGGUUGGUUGGUUCUGCUGGGCCACAGCCAUGCGCCAGGUGCGGCUCCCUGCAGGCUUCUCGUCUUCCUCACCAGCCUCCCGCCCUGCACCCCACAAGUUUGGCUUGUGGUUUUUGUCAUCAGUAACGCACUGCCUGAGAUCAUGAUCUCUUAACGAUGAGACUCUCAGAGGGUUGAUGGUUUGUGUCAGUGAGCCUUCUGUCACUUUCUGGAAUGAAGUCACUUGGGAGUUCUGUUGGAUUGAGGAGCUUGGUGUUACUAAGGAAGCCUGACUUUGGGCCCAGCGGCAACCGGUGUUCUCUGCAGCUCUGCCUACGGGAAGUUGGUUGAGGGCUGCGCUGUGGAAUGGUGCUUCCAGGAGAGUCCAGAGGGGUGUUGAGAUGCCCUCCUCCCGGCUCCUUUCUAAAUUUCAUCAGCCCUCGAGAUACAAUAGUUGCUCAUCUCCCUACUGCACAACUCCCCUCUGACGUUUGCGCCUUGGAAGAGGCAGAUGUUAAAAUGGGAUCCAAAGACCAAAUGGGGCGGGGUUGGGGGGUGGGUGCCAGCUAAGAGCUUCUCAGGCUCCCUCCGCCCUCGCAGCCCUCGUGCCAGGCCUGGUGAUGAUAAGGUUUCAGGGGCUUUGGACAUAGUUUCCUGGUUUGCCAGGGAAAAAAUCCAAAGCUUUGGAGGAAACAGGCCCUGGCUCUGGCUUUUAAAUUGGUAUUUAGCCAGCGAUGUCUGAGACUUUGUUAUGAUAAUUUCUGCCGAUUUUCUUGCUGCCUCAAGUACCCAGUUCCUCUCCGAGGAAAGUAAAAUAAAUUGAAUCAGGAGGAUUUGGGCAAGCAGAAAGUAAAGCCCCCUUGAUGCCCUGACCCAGCACAGCUGGCCGCAUCACCGCCUGGCCACAGCUGCUUUCCUCACCCACCAGAAAGGCUGGCUGUUGUGUGCUUCCCACACCUGGGCCUGCUCACUGCUGACUGGGAAACAGAAACAUGGCCUCGUAGCGGCCCGAGUGCCUCACCGUGGUGGAGACGCACCUCGGGGUUUGGAAGGCUCCUGGGCCGCUUUGUUUUUAAGCAUCAUCUGUGCCUCAAAAUACCAUAGUAGCUGCUCGAUAAUAUUCUGAAAAUAAAGUAUCUGGGUCUCCACCGUGUGAACACUCUUACAAUCACCAAUCUGUUGAGACUCUUGAAUCUGUUUCUCAUAUCAGAGUCGUUAUUUUUCUUCCCGUGGAAUAAAAUGCUCUGUUGACUUCCAAA